GCCACGAACGACAGCAAGAAUACCUCCUUGAAAAAUUCUGUUGAACAAGCCAACCGGAGUCAGUUCAAGUUCUGCAAAAAUUUACGUAAACGCAUUGAAAUCCACAGUAAUUUUUCACCUUCACCUGGACAGAGAUAACUGUUGUUAAAAUUAUGUAAACUGCUGUUUCAACCCGUAGCUAGUAACUUUUUCUCCUAGAAAACAAACAAAUGGCGGAAACGUGCAGAAGGAAACUCGAAGCUUCCGUUUUAAUCUUAAGCUUCUUCUUUCAAAGCGGUAUCAUUAUUCCUAUUUCCUCUGAAUGUUCCGAAAACAAAUAAAUGGCGGAAACGUGCAGAAGGAAACUCGAAGCUUCCGUUUUACUCUUAAGCAUCUUCUUUCAAAGCGGCAUCAUUAUUCCGAUUUCCACUGAAUGUUCAGGUCAAGAAUGCCGAUCCAUUGUUUUCAAAGAACCCAUACAGGAAAAAGUCAUGAAAGACCACUUGAUUAGGCUUGAAGAGGUGCUCCAUCAAGGCAGCUGUAAUGUGCUGUGUUAUUCGGAGCCCAAUUGUGUGUCCAUAAAUGUUGGGCCUUCACAAGGAGGGAACUACAUUUGUGAGUUAAACAAUGCUUCGAACGAAAGCCCAGGCUCGUCCGACCUUCAGAGCAAACAAGAUUAUACCCAUCUCAGUAUCGAGAAUUCCUGCAGCAGCAGUCCCUGUUUCAACAAUGGCACAUGUCAAGUUGGAUACACUGAUAAAGGAUUUCGCUGUAAAUGUCCUUUAGGAUUCACUGGUGCAAUCUGCAGCAAAGCCUGCAGCUUUGACUUUGAAGAUGGAAUCGGCGGGUGGGAAAUGAUAGGCAGAGCUUUCAUUUACCAGCCUACAUUUGGUGACAAUCCAACAUAUCGCCGCAGAGAAAGCGCCAAUCUGCAAGGGGACUGGUGGAUAGGGGGAGCUGAGAAACGGCCCAGUGAGAACGAUACCGCCGGGGUUCAGCAUUCAGAUGGACCCGAUGUACCCCAAGGAACUCUCACCUCACCUUGUUUUCGUAUCGUUGGCAAUACUAUCUCGUUUCUCAUCGGUGGGGGAUGUGACUUAGGUAAUGUUCGUGCAGAGCUUAUUGUUGACAACCAGGUCGUCAGAAAUGAGACAGGGAAUUGUUCAGAGACAAUGUUCCGUAAGAGCUGGGACGUAGAGGAGUUUAUUGGUCAAUAUGCGCAAGUCAGACUUGUAGAUGAGAGUUCUGGUGGUUACGGUCAUAUCAACUUUGAUGACCUUAAAGGAGAUAUCAUUUGUCCUCACGAUUUAGACGAGAUAAACUGAAAAGACAGCGGCUCUUGAAACUGACACAUCACCUCAAGUGAGAAUUUUUAAAAAUAGUCACCUUGAAAGUAUGAUUAAACAGCUUUUGACGUAAUAGUUGCUUUGUGCUGGCAUAAAUAGGCACAAAUCACUCUGUUUUUUCAGCAGUAGCAAAGCAUUUUGAAACAAUUUUAGCACAUGUCUGUGAAGGCUAUAGUCAUAUAAUCCAAUUGUUAUAUCGGUUUGCUGCGAGAAUAAGGAGAUUCAAUUACUUUAGAUGCUAGCAAUCGCAUAUCAAAGUGUUUUAUUCGUUGAAACGUCUUUUGAAGGCAUUA